UACAAUAAUUAUUAUUAUUGUUCUAGUGAAUUUUGUUUAUUUAAAUUAAUAAACAAGUAGUUAAAUUAAAUAAAUCAAGAUUAAUUAUUUAUCAUGGCUUCUUUAUUUAAUGAUCAAGUUUAUACAAAAUCAUUUACUCCACGUGAAUAUCAAGUUGAAUUAUUAUACACAGCAAAACAAAAAAAUAUAAUAAUUUGUUUAGGUAAAUAUGCUGAACAAACAUUUAUUGUGACAAAGCUAAUACAAGAAUAUGCAGCAGGUAAUAGAACAUUAUCACAACCUAAACGAAAAAAAAUUAUAUAUAUUUUAGAUAAUAAUGAUUCAUGUUUAAUUAAAUCAAAUUAUAUUGGACAGUUGACUGAUUUAAAAGCAGCAGUUGUCAAUAAAAAAACAAUAAUAUAUUUUACUUGUGAUCUUGCAAAAGAUGAUUAUAACGAUGAUGAUGAUGAUGAUGAAGAAGAAGAAGAAGAUGAAGAUGAUGAUGAUGAUGAUGAUGAAGAUGAAGAUGAAAAAUAUAAAAAUUAUUCAGACGUUUUAAAUGCUCAUAUUCUGGUCACAACUAGUAAAUAUUUUAAUAGACUAAUUAAUAAAAAUCUACUUGACAUUUCAAAUAUAAAUUUAAUAAUAAUUGAAAAUUGUCAAUUAUUAAUAAAUAAUAAAAAUAUUAAACGUACUAUUAAUAAAUUAGAAUCAUCAAAAAAAAUUAUAAAUAAUAAAUUAAAUUCAUUGAGAAUAAUUGGACUUGCUGUUCCACUUUUUAAUUUAACUGAAGAACCAGGACGUCUUGGAUUAGAAAUUCAACGUUUAGAAAAUGCAUUUAAAUGUAAUGUUGAAACAACAAGUGAUAUAUUAGCAAUAUUGAGAUAUAGUCCAAAACCAAAAGAAUACAUAAUUGAAUAUGAAGCUAAAAUAAUAAAAAAAAAUAUUCAUAUUAUAUUAGAAAAUUGUGUUAAUGAUGCAUUAAAUUUUUUAAAUGAUCAUCGUUAUGAUCCAUUAGAAAUAUAUCAAGAUGAUUUUUUAGAAGAUAUACAAAAAAUACCAGAUCCAAGUGAAAAACCAAAAGAAAUGCUUAAUGAUUUUUUAAAUAUUCUAAAUGAAUUUGGUCCAUGGUGUGCUGAUAAAGCAGCAUUAUCAAUAUUAAUAUUGGCUGAAAAAUUAAAAAUUAAAACACCAUAUGAACGUCAUUAUUUAUUAUUAAAUAUGGUUGCAUCUGUGAUGAUUAAAAUACGAGCAAUAUGUGAUAAUGAAUUUCAACAAAUAAAUGAACAAACAAGAAUUAAUUAUUAUUCAACAUCAAAAGUACACAGACUAUUAGAUUCACUUAAAACAUAUGCACCAAUGUAUGAAAAAAAUGAUAAUAAUAAUAAAAAUAAUAACAGUAAUGAAAUUGAAAAUUUACGUUUUAAAAUAAAUAAUAAAAUAAAUGAGACUGAUGCAGUACAAUCUGGUGGUGCUGCUGCUACUGCUACUGCUACUGCUGGUGGUAAUGAAAGAAAUUUUAGUAAUAAUAAUAAUAAUAGAAAAAAUAAUAAAUUUCAAAGAUUUUAUCGUGGUUUAACUGAUCCAGAUUUAUUAUGUGGUGUUAUAUUUGUUGAUAAAAGUUUUACAGCAAAAAUAUUAUUUUAUUUAUUAAAUGAAGUUAGUAAAAAUGAUCCAGAAUUACAUUUUUUAUCACCAUUAUAUACUGUUGAAAAUACAAAUGAUGAUGUAUCAUAUUCAAAAGAUCCAGAGGCUGAACAUAAAAAACAAGAAGAAGUAUUAAAAAGAUUUAGAAUACAUGAAUGUAAUUUAUUAAUAUCAACAGCAAUAUUAGAAGAAGGUAUUGAAAUACCAAAAUGUAAUUUUGUUGUUAGAUAUAAUUUUCCAAAAUGUUAUCGUUCUUAUGUACAUUGUAAAAGUCGUGCAAAAGCAUCUGAUGCAUUACAUGUUAUAUUUGUAUCAAGUGAUGAAUCAAAUGAAUGUAUAUGGCAAUUAGCACAAUAUCAUUAUCUUGAAAAAUUAUUACUUGAUAAAUGUGGUAAUUUUGAAUCAAAUGAUAAUGAUGAAAUUGAAGCUGAUUAUUAUUCAACAUUAAUACCAUCAUAUAAACCAUUAAAUAAUGAUGAUAGUCCAAUGGUUACAUUUAAUUCAGCUAUAUCAUUAAUUAAUAGAUAUUGUGCUAAGCUACCAAGUGAUACAUUUACAAGAUUAACACCAGAAUGGUCAAUUGAACAGGUUAAUAUUAAUAAUAAUAUUAUGUAUGUAUGUUCAUUAAGAUUACCAAUUAAUUCACCACUUAAAUAUAUUGUUAAAUCAGAUCCAAUGCCAAAUAAAGCAAUGUCAAAAAGAUUAGCUGCAUUAAAAAUGUGUAUUAAAUUACAUAAAGAAAAUGAACUUGAUGAUAAUUUACUUCCAAUUGGUAAAGAAAAUUUUAAAGCACGUCCAGAAGAUUCAGAAAUUCCAGCUCUUCCAGAUGAAUAUAUUGUUAAAUCUGAAUUUACAGAAGCAAGACCAGGUACAACAAAAAGACGUCAAUAUUAUUAUAAAAAAACAGCUGAAGCAUUAACUGAUUGUCGUCCAACUAUUGGUGUACCAUGUUAUCUUUAUCAUAUUAAAAUGGUAUUAACAUGUCCAUUACCUGAAGAACAAAAUACACGUGGUAGAAAAAUAUAUCCACCAGAAGAAUCUGAUAUUGGUUUUGGUAUAUUAACACUUAAAAAAAUACCACAAUUAUGUCCAUUUCCAAUUUAUACUAGAUCUGGUGAAGUACAAGUUGAACUUGUAUUAUCAAAUAAUACAAUUGUACUUGAUACAAUGAUGAUUGAAUGUAUAUCAACAUUUUUAAAUUAUACAUUUACAAAUGUAUUAAAAUUACAAAAACAUUUAAUGUUAUUUGAUCCAAAUGCAUCAGAAAAUUCUUAUUUUAUUGUACCAGUUAUUAAAAUAAAUGAAAAUAAUGAUAUUAAUGUUGAUUGGAAUUUUCUUAAUAAAAUAUAUGAUAGUCAUAAUAAUAUACCAUGUGAAAUAAGUGAAAAUGAACGUUCUAAAUUUGUAUUUGAUUCAUCAAAAUAUAAUGAUGCUGUUAUAAUGCCAUGGUAUAGAAAUCAAGAUCAACCACAAUAUUUUUAUGUUGCUGAAAUAUGUAAAAAUUUAAGUCCAAAAUCAAAAUUUCCUGGUGAUGGUUAUACAACAUUUGAAGAAUAUUAUUAUAGAAAAUAUAAUAUUAAAAUACAAAAUACAAAUCAACCAUUAUUAGAUGUUGAUCAUACAUCAGCAAGAUUAAAUUUUUUAACACCAAGAUAUGUCAAUAGAAAAGGUGUUGCAUUACCAACAAGUAGUGAAGAAACAAAACGUGCUAAACGUGAAAAUUUAGAACAAAAACAAAUAUUAAUUGCUGAAUUAUGUGCAAUACAUCCAUUUCCUGCAUCAUUAUGGAGACAAGCUGUAUGUUUACCAUGUAUAUUAUAUAGAAUAAAUGCAUUAUUACUUGCAAAUCAAAUACGUUGUCAAGUUGCACAAUCAAUUAAUCUUGGACAACAAUAUUUAGAUACAAAUUUUAAAUGGGAAUCACUUAAUUUUGGCUGGAGUCUAGCUGAGGUAUUAAAAAAAUCAAAAGAAAUGAAAAAAUAUGAAAUUGAUAAUAAUAAUAAACAUGAUAAUAAUUGGAAUAAAUUUGAUGAUGAUAUUAUUGAUGUAAAAAUUAAUAAACAAAAAAUUGUACAAUUUAAUAAUGAUCCUGAUAUAUUUGAUGAUAAUAAUACAUUAGAAAUUGGUACAUGGUCAAAUGACAUGGCUGAUUGUAUUCAAGAUGAUUAUGAAGAUUUAUCAAAAAAUGUUACAAUGUUAAAUUCAAAAUUUUCAUGGACAAAUAAUGAAUCAAAUAAUCAGUCAAAUAAUAUUUCUAACAAUAGUAAUAGUAAUAAUUUAAAUGAAUAUGGAUAUUAUUCAGAUGAAUCUUAUACUGAUGAUGAUGACGAUGAUGGUUUUAUUCAAUCAUCAGACAGUGAUGAUGAUGAUGAUGAUAAUGAUAAAAAUAAAGGUUUAAAAAUAUCAUAUACAAGUGAUAAUACAGCUGAAGCUGUUGAAGAUGAAUCAAAAAUAACAAAAAAUUUAAUAAAUAAAAAAUUUAUGUGUCUAUUUGAUGAUUGUGAAAAAUCAUUAAAUCAAGUAAAUUUUUUUACAAAACUAAAUGACAAUGAUGCUGAUUUAAUUGAACAUAAAAAUAAACAUUAUGAAUACUCAAAAAAAUGUGAAUAUGAAUUAUUAAAUUGUGAAUUAUUUAAAAAAAAAAAUGAUAAAAUUAUAUUUAAAAUUGAUAAAUUUAAAAAUUUACAAAAACAAGAUAAAACAAUUAAUAAUGAUAAAAUUAAUAUUAAUUUUACAAAUGAUUAUACAAAUUAUAUUGAAUUAAUAUCAAAUGAAUUAUUAAAAUACAUGUCAUGUAAUAAUAAUACAUUAAUAAACAAUAGACUGAGUAAAAUGUAUGAAUAUAAUGGAAAAACUUGUAAUAAAGUGAUAAAUGAUAAUAAUUACAUUCCAAAAUUAGCAUUAAUUGAUAAUAUUGAUAAUAAUAAUGAUGAUGAUAUUGAUGAUAAUAGUUUAUUUAGUUUUGAUUAUCAGCCAGAGCUAGAGGGACAUCCAGGACCAAGUCCAAAUUUAAUACUUCAAGCAUUGACAAUGUCAAAUGCAAAUGAUGGUAUUAAUCUUGAAAGAUUAGAAACAAUUGGUGAUUCAUUUUUAAAAUAUGCAAUAACAACAUAUUUAUAUUGUACAUAUCCAAUGAUACAUGAAGGUAAAUUAAGUCAUUUACGUUCAAAACAAGUUAGUAAUUUAAAUCUUUAUAGACUUGGUCGUCAAAAAAAAUUAGGUGAAAGUAUGAUUGCAACAAAAUUUGAACCACAUGAUAAUUGGUUACCACCAUGUUAUUAUGUACCACGUGAAUUAGAACAAGUAUUUAUUGAAUCUGGUGUACCAUCAAAUUUAUGGAGUCAAGCACAAAAUAUUAUUUCAUCAUCAUCAUCAUCAUCAGUAGCAGCAAUUGAUUCAAUUAAUAUAUUAGAUAUUAAUGAAUUUAUAAAAGAAACAGAAAAUCGUCUUGUUAUUAUGAAAAAUGAACUGGAUAAAAAUGAUAAAUCAACAACAUUUGAUUAUAAUAAUGAUUAUAUUGAUAAUAAUCAUUGUUCAAUACCAUAUAAUUUAAUAACACAACAUAGUAUACCAGAUAAAAGUAUUGCUGAUUGUGUUGAGGCAUUAAUUGGUGCAUAUUUAAUAGCAUGUGGACCAAGAGGUGCCUUGUUAUUUAUGGCAUGGCUUGGUAUACAUGUAUUACCAACAACAGAACAUAUAUUAAUACAAGAAAAUGAACCAUUAGAUAAAUAUCCAGGUAGUAGUCCAUAUGAAAAAUUUAUUAAUGAUAAUAGUGUUACAGCAUGGAUACAAAUACGUUAUGGAAAAUUAGAAGAACCAAGAAAUCCAUUAUUACGUCAUGUUAAUGAUCCAGAAAAUGAAUUAUUUGAAAUGUUAGAUGGUUAUGAUGAACUUGAAAAAAGUAUAAAUUAUAAAUUUAGAGAUCCAAGUUAUUUAUUACAAGCAUUUACACAUGCAUCAUAUCAACCAAAUCGUUUAACUGAUUGUUAUCAACGUCUUGAAUUUCUUGGUGAUGCUGUAUUAGAUUAUUUAAUAACACGACAUCUUUAUGAAGAUAAACGUCAACAUUCACCUGGUGCAUUAACUGAUUUAAGAUCAGCACUUGUUAAUAAUACAAUAUUUGCAUCAUUAGCUGUACGUUGUGGUUUUCAUCGUUAUUUUCGUCAUUUAUCACCAGGUUUAAAUGUUGUUAUUGAAAAUUUUGUUAGAAUACAAGAAGAUAAUGGACAUUCAAUAAGUGAAGAAUAUUAUUUAAUUGGUGAAGAUGAUACUGAAGAAGCUGAAGAUGUUGAAGUACCAAAAGCAUUGGGUGAUGUAUUUGAAUCAUUAGCUGGUGCAAUAUUUCUUGAUAGUGGUAUGUCACUUGAUUCUGUAUGGAAAGUUUAUUAUAAAAUAAUGAAAACUGAAAUUGAUCAGUUUAGUACUAAUGUACCAAAAUCACCAAUACGUGAAUUACUUGAACUUGAACCAGAAACAGCUAAAUUUGGUAAACCAGAAAAAUUAACUGAUGGAAGAAGAGUACGUGUUACUGUUGAUGUAUUUGGUAAAGGUUCAUUUAAAGGUAUUGGAAGAAAUUAUCGUAUUGCUAAAUGUACUGCUGCAAAAUGUGCAUUAAAAAAAUUAAAAAAACAUCAAUCAUCUUAUCAAAAAAAUAAAAUUUAAUUUAAAAAAAAAAUUAAUUUGUUAAUAUAAAUAUAAAAUUGUCGUGAAAAAAAAAAAAAAAAUGUUUUAUAUUUAAAUUUUACUUUACUGCUAUUAAUUAAUAUUAUUAUUACUAUUAUUUGUAAUGAUUCUUAUUUGUUUUUUUUUUUUUUUUUUUUUUCAUUUAAAAACUAUUACAUAGUUUAUUUAUUCAUUUGGAAUUAUACAUAAUAAAUGAUGUGUAUAAA